UUAGCCCUCUUCCUUCCCUCGAAUCAAUCGCUCUCUCUCUCUACACAUAUAUAUACAGAUAGGAUUUUACAAUCGAUUGAAUUGGGGCUGGUUUGGUUCACAGAAAAAAUGUCGAUUCGCUUCAAAUUCAGAAGCUGUUUAAACUUCGAUUCUGUUGAUAUAGAUGGCCGGACCUCUAUAUCUUUAGGAGAACUGAUGUUGAAGAUCGCCCGCCUGAAAAAGCUCAACAUUGGGCAGGAUUUCGAUCUCAUUUUCUCCGAUGCCCUCUCCGGAGAAGUAUAUAAUGAAGAAAGUAUUCAGAUUGCGAGUGGGUCAAGUGUAAUUAUCAGGAGAGUUCCUGCUGGAACGACUCCCUCAACUGUUAAGCCACCAAUUGGUACCAUGAAGGAUUUAGGGUUGAAAGAUGUUGAUCGUAUGAAUCAGGUGGAUGCGCAAGUCAAUGAGUUUCAUGACUUUGGGGCUGACUUUUUUCCGCUGGCUGAGGGAUUUGAUCAGCAGAACUACUGGGACUUUGAGAAAGAGUACCUCUCAGGUCCAAGGUUUCAGUAUCAAAAUCUUGAUUCAAGAGGCUUAAAUCAGGCAAUCCAAAGAGGUUCUAACCAUAGCAAGAUCCCAACAAAGUUACCUGAACUAAAAACUCCUGAUGCGCGGACAUUGCACAAGGUGAUACGCUCCAACUUUCCAGCUUUUCGCAAUAAUGUUUUACCGGACGAACUGAAAUGCCCUCUGUGUAAUAUCUUCUCUAAGGAUGCUGUGAUGAUACCUUGCUGCCAGCACAGUUUUUGUGAGAAAUGCAUUCGUCUGGUUCUUCUAGAAAAGGCGAAGUGCCCAAAAUGCUCUUCUAGCAGAUGUAGAGUGGAAGAUCUGCUACCAAAUAUAUCUCUCAGGCAAACAAUUGAGCAUUUUCUUGCAACUGAGUCAGAAAAUGCUUUACGCAGACAUGUUCCAGAUGGUGAAUCUGGCAAUCAGGUGAAGGAUAUUUGUUGUGCUGUAACUGUUGCGCAACGGGAACCAGAGAUGCCUCAUUCACCCUCAGCUACUGGAAAAGGAUCCAAUCAAGUUAUGGUAGACCCACCUGUUGGGAAAAAAGUGUUGUCCAAGAUAAUGCAACAAAUAGAUGGAGGAAGAGGUCAAUAUGCUAAUCAUUGGAAUUUUCCAAGUAUGCAUGAUGACCCAGAAUAUUUUGAGGCUGAAAGCAAGCCUCUUAAUUUGCUUCAUUCCCAUGAUCAAGAUGAAGAUUCUUCCAUCAAGAAGAAUACAGGCCUGUGCUGUGACACAAGAGGUGGGAACAUGAAUUUUCCGCCUGCUGGUAUUAUGGAGGACCCUAAUUGUUACGUGUAUGGUUCUCCUGACCAUGUCAACAGAGUCUGUGCUCUUGCUUCCAAUCCAAAUCCAAUGCUUCAAACAGGAAACCUCAUGCUUACAGGAGGAUUUCCAGCCUAUUCAUCACCUUACUGGAAUAACAAUACGUAUUCCACACCACAGCCAUUCGCAAAUAUGUAUGAUAAUGCUGGAAAUGCUUCAUUUAAUGCUGGUAUGGUUCCCCCGGCACCUGCUUAUGUUCCUCCUUAUAUGCCAUCUAUGCAUGCUGGCAUGCCUCUACGUGGAGAAAUCAUGAGAAUGGAUGGUAUGGCACUUCCAGCUGGAAACAGAGAUGAUCUCCCAUUGAACCAAUAUGAGUACAUGGGCGCCCAGCUUGCUGAAGAUAACAGGAGAAUUCAGAAUGAAAAUAUGGGAAGUGGGCAAUAUUGUCAAGCUGAGUCUAACUUUAAGGAGCAUUUCCCAAAGGACAAUCGAGAAGCAACAGGAAAGUUCCACAAGGAGAGGGAACCAGGUACAAAUUGUUCUGAGGAUCGCUUUGCUCGCAAAACACACAGAAAGCAGCUCAAUGUUGAGAAAAGAAGGGAGAAAAGUCAUCAUUCCUCAUCUGCUAGUAGAGACAAGGUGACUCGUCACUCUGACAGGUCUAAUGAUGGUUUUCCUAGUAGUUCUGAUAGGCAUAGGAGAGAAAUUCAUCAGCACCAUUUUCGGGACUCAAGAAAGCGUCAUGAAAGAGACUCUCAUCAUAAGCAUAUCCCAAGUUCUGCACUAGAACCUACUACACCUGUGCAUCAGAUGGCACGAUCCAAAGAGAGGAGGAGUUUUGGGCAUGAUGCAAAGAACUCCAGGCACCAUGCAAGACUCUCCACCGAUGAGGUUCGUGACAACAAGAAAAGCGGCUCUUAUGAAGAUUGCAGAGAUGGUUAUCAUCACAAGCGAAAGAGAGAUCAUUGAGAGUGAUGAAUGUGAACUUGUAACUGAAGUUGCACAUACAUCAGUGUAGAUCUGUAGAAUGGUUGGCUUUGUUGAUACAUAUCUGUAGAGUAACCGGCUUUUGGAAAGUACAUCAUGACUAACCCUGUUCAUUUACGUAACUGUAAUCCUCUUCACUUCUUUAGUGUGAGGUCUGGCUGCUAGACAAAGGUUUUAACCAGAAGCCAUCUGGUUACAAAUAGUAUUUUGGAUCAUUUUAUAUGCUGCCCAACCAUCGUUUUGGACACAGGUAUGGAAGCUGAUUUGAGGUAUGUUCUCUAACAUGGAUCUAGAAUAGGCUUUCUAAUGCUUACUGCAAUUAAGUCCUAUUCACUUAAUUUGGAAAGCCUAUCACAUCCGUCUAGCAGCCAACUAGAUCGAUCAACACAUGCAUAAAAUGAUAAUUACCAAGAUACUCUUAAAAAUAAACUAAAAUAGUAUGAUGACAUAAAUUACAAUAAAGUUAUCUUGCGAUAUGUUCGUGAGAUGUAGAGAUGCAUAAGUGCUUGUAGAACCUUUAAUGAUUUCACUAUCAAAGGGAAAGGGUAACUUGAUGCACAAAGUAUCUCAGGUUUGUAGAACCUUCCAUGAUUUCACUACCCAAGGGCAACUUGUGCACAAAGUAUUUCAGGUGUGUUUCACCUUCCAUAAUUUCACUAUCCAAGGGCAAUUUGGUGCACAAAAUAUUUGAGAUUUGUAGAACCUUUCACUACCCAAGGGAAACUCGAUGCACAAAGUAUCUCAGAUUUAUAGAACAUUGCAUGAUUUCACUAUCCAAGGACAAUGCGAUGCACAAAGUAUCUCAGAUAUAUAGAACCUUUCAUGAUUUCACUAUCCCGGACAACUCGGUGCACAAGUGUCUUAGAUUUUUAAAACCUUCCAUGUAAAUGUCAUACUAUCCCCAACGAAGUACUUGUAAGGACUUACUGAAAAUACUCACUUCCAAAUUUGUGCACUGACAAUACACAUGAUCAAUCAUCUAAAAGUACUAGUGGCAUUUGUGUUGUAACAGACCGUCCAAAGGGACCACCUUUACCUGCAUUGAAUCAACCGUUUGCUAAUUUAUUCUUUAACCUUCCAAAAUGGCAAGAUGGUGUUUCAGAAACUUCUCUGAACUCCUCCGGUUCCAACCAAAGUCACCAAAAUAAGUUCUAAAUGGUGGAUAUGACCUGUAUGAAGAUACAGUGCAUGAAAUUGAGCGUUUUAAGCUAAGAUAAAGGGUUAGAUUGUUACGAAUUAAAGCUCACAACAUAUUUAUCUUUUUUUUUUUAGUUUAAGCCAUCACCCCAUCACAACUUAACAUAUAUAUCUGAAAGUAAAAGAAAUAUUAAAUUCAUAUCAACGUAAGCCCUUACUCAAAGUCAUGAUAUCUCAGUUCCCCGACAAUACUACAUGCAUGUCGUUUGACACAAAUCUCUUUAACUUUUUGGCCUAGUAGUCAAUAAAGUGAUUGAAAAUUCUGAGAUUGUAGGUUCAAAAUUUAGCAGAGAUGAAAAACAUUAGGUGAUUCCUUUUAUCUGUCUUGUCUUUAGUUUUGAUAGACAAUUACUUGAUACAAAGGUGACAAAUAUCCUGUAGAAUUAAUUAGUCAAGGUAUGUGAAAAUUGUCAUGAAAAGCAUGUCUCCCGAAUUUUUACGGAUAUCUAAGAAACUGUGGGUUCUUGCAUGCAUGGACGCGGUCUGUGAGACAUUAUUGUCGUGCUAUCUAUGUCAUCCACGUAGUUGCUUGUACGGUGUACACAUACAAGUACAUUUGCUGUCAGUAUUUAGGUUGAGACCAUAUUAAGUAGGACGAAGAGGCAACUGUGACCAACUAAUGUUUGGGGAAAAACUUAACCACAUCUUUACCCUAGUUAAUUAAGUAAACAACAUGUGCUUUUAAUACAUUUAAUGUAUUCAAGUAUAUUCACACUAGAAUUUAUUACUUAAUCAGGGUAAAGAAAUAUAAUUUUGAUGUAAUAUUGAGUGUGACGUGUGUUUCUCCUAAUGUCUCUUUUUGAUACGAUAUGUGACAUAUGGUGCAUGAUUCAGGAAGGGCGGGACUUAUUUGUGGUAUUUAUCUCUCAUACUUCAGGAGCUUAGAUAUACAGAUAGAUUAUUCCAGGCUUGCUCAAGAGUACCUGAGCUUUGCUUGAUUCCAAGCCACUAGAGCUGUUGAAACGAGCUAGGUUUUUUGGGCUAGCUCGAUCUAACUUGUGAUUUUCAUAGGGUUGAGCUAAAAUUAUUGAAAUAUUUAAGAACAAAGCUUUUUAGCCUAGACCUAAGUACGUUUGCUGGUUUGAGGGCUUGAGCAAUGUGGGUUGGACUAGUUUGUGGGCCAAAUAAAUAAAUAAUAAAGUAGAACAUCAAAAUUAAGUAAAUAGUUACCAGAAAUGGUGGUUAUGACCUGUAUUAAGAUACAAUUCAUGAAAUGCGUUUAUAAUAACAAUAGGUAAAAUAAAGGGUCAGAUUGUUAGGAAUUAAAGCUCAGAAAGAAAUGUUAAAUUCAUAUCAACUUGAGACUUUUUCGAAGUCGUGAUAUCUCACUGGUCCGACAAUACUGCAUGCAUGUUGUCUGACACAAAUCUCCCUAAUUUUCACUAAGGCGUGGCCAUGUGAUUGAAAAUUUUGAGGUCUUAGAUUUAAAAUUUAGUGGAGAUAAAAAAACUACUAGGUUUUAUUUGUUUCAAUUUUACUGGAUAGAGUUAUCUGAUACUUGUUACGGAUGGGAGGUGGCAAAUAUUAUGUAGAAUUAAUCGAGUGGUGAAGAAGUUGGCACAAAUUCCUCAAUCAUUAAAAAAAAAGAUGAUCUUAAUUUUUACGGAUAUCUAAGUAACUGUGUUUGUUGCAUGCAUGCACAUGUCCUGUGAGACUUUAUUGUCGUGCUAUCAAUGUCAUCCACGUACGUUGCUUGUGCAGUGUACCACAUACAAGUACAUUUGUUGUUAGUGUUUCAAAGAGAGUUAUUGAGUUAUUGUUAGGUAGGUUGAGACCAUAUUAGUGGGAGGAAGAGGCAACUGUAACCAACUAAUCUUUGGGGGAAAACUUAAUCAUGCAUCCCAUGUUUACAAUAAUCAAUUAAGUAAAUAUGUUACAUGUGUUUUUAAUACAAUUAAUGUAUUCAAGUAUAUUCUCUGGCUGGAAUUUAUUACUUAAUCAGGGUAAAAAUUUGUGGUAUUUAACUCUCAUACAUCAGGAGCUUAGACAUACAGAUCGAUUAGUCCAAGCUUGCUCAAGAGUAUCUGAGCUUUGCUUGAUUUCAAGCCACUAGAGUUGUUGAUACGGGGUAAGUUUGUACACCGGAUCGAUCCAACUCGCAAUUUAAUAAGAUUGGGCUAAGAUUAUUGAAAAUAAUUUAAGAACAAAGCUUUUUAGCCUAAUCUGAAUAAGUUUACUGGUUAGUGGAGCUUGAGCAAGCUGGUUAGGCCGGCUUAUGGGUUAAGUAAAAAAUAAAUAAAGUAGAACAGUAAAAAUAAGUAAAUAACAAGAAUAACUCAAACUCUACGUUUACUUAAAUCAUCAUAUGUAAAUAUUACAAGUUAAUAUUUCAAUUUAUUAUAUUGUUAUUCUUUAAUUGUUUAGUUUGCUUUAUUAAUGUCUCUACUUGGUUUAAGUAAGUAUAUAUUAUGUUAAAAGUUAUUUUGUUUCACAUAGAUUUUAUGUUCACUAUCAUUUUCUUAUAUAGUUGUACUCAAGAAACUUGUAUAGUAACAUCUUCAUCUUGUAGAUAUUUAUCUUAACAUUUUAAGAUUAAAAUUUAAAUAAAAAAUAAAUAUUUUUCUUAAAACAGUGGACUAGCCUGCCACGACGUGGCGUGUAAUCCACGUUGUGGUGCAUUGAGCUUAACCUUUUCUGGCUUUUACCAAAAUAAUAGGUCAGUCCAAGCUAACUCCUUAAAUUUCUACUGAUGGACUGAGCAUAUACCUAUAUUGAUAGCUCUACAAGCCACUCCAAUUGCUUCUUGGGGACACCUCCCCCAACGAUUUAAUGGCACAGUUUUGUUUAUCUUCGCCAUAAAAAAAUAAAAAUUAUUAAGGACAAAGACACCCCCACAAAACCCUCGUAAUCCCAUACCCCAAAAAGAGAAAGCAAUGGGCUCUCAUUCGUUGUGUAGGCUAUCGAAUACUUGAUAAAAUUAGGUGGAUGGCUAGUAAAUUUUGAUAAGUGGUUGGUUUUUAAAUUUUCAUGAACAAUUUAUGGAAUUUGAACUCUAUAAAUUUUCAUGAUAGAGUUUGAAAUAGGUAUUAUUAGUGAGAUAGAGAAAUAUUUACGUUGUCACUCUUCAUGAUUGUGAUUUGGAGUUCAAAAGAGGUAUCAUGUGAAAAGGUUUUGUUCGCUCUCGAACAUCUUUUGAACUCGAGGACUUCAGAGUUCAAUUUGUUUUGUCCAGGAGUUUGAAUAAGCCUCGUUAUAAAAGCUGCACUAGAAUAUAUUUUUUCAAAAGGGAUAUAUAGGGUACUAUCAAAUAUAUUUAUUUUACAUAUACACUUGUUUAUAUAUGGUGUAUAAAUUUAAGUAUAUGUAUGUAUUUUAAAAUACACUAUCUAACACUCCAGAUGAAUCAAAAAUUCUGGACUGUAGUUUUCUCUUUAGAAAAUGGAGGUGGGGAUUUCAACAGUGUGUGUUGGCGUUUCACGAUAAGAGUUUUGAACUCCAGUAUACAAUGCCAGAUUUUCACUUGCAAGAGACCUUCAAACUCUUAACAGUGUGUUCGGAUUUCCCUUAUCAAAACUUUGAAAUUUAGCAUUGAUUGUUGAAGUUGUUUUAUGUUUUAGCUGGGCAUAUUUUUGUCAAAAAAAAUUGUGUCAAGAGUGGCUGAACUUACUUUUAUAAUAAUACCAAUAUUUAAUAGUAGGUGUUGAUAGCGUGUUUGGCUGGUUUUU